GUCAUCGACUUCAUCUCCACACAAAUCUGUGAUGAACAAGUCACAGCACCAGGAUAGCCUUAAGACUGAAAGAAUGCACUCAAAUAUUUCUCUGAUUGGUAAUAUCAACCACAGAGAAUCGUUAAUGGCCCUCAAAAUGAACAAAUCUUCAGAAUCUGCCUUUAUCACCUCAGUUCCAAAGCUGAGUUAUGGUCUCAGCACCUCCAAGAAUUAUGGUUUUGGUUACCCGAUAGAUGAAAGAGAGGAACAAAGAGAAGUUGUGCCUGAAGAAAUUAUGAAGACUUAUGAAAAACUCCAAGAGUUCAUCAGGAAUAUGGAAGGCAAGAUUUCAGGAGCCAUUCGUGUCAAUGAAGAGGACUUCUGCAUCGCUUUCAAGCGCAGAAUGAAGGAGAUCAAAGCGAUGGUCAGGGAACUCCGUGAGAAAUGCACCCAAGAUUGGCUCAAAAUAAAGGAAGAACAAAGGAUGAAGACUCUAACCGAACAAAGGAAUUUCUACAAGACCGAAGCAUUCAAGCUUGACAAGUUAUGUAAUGAGUAUAAACUUAAGUAUAAAGAGAUGAAGAACAAGUGUGAUGAGAUUAAACAAGAUAGAGACUUCUUUGAAGCUGAGCUGAAGAAAGCUAAAUAAAAUUAAUAAGCUACUAUACUUACAGAAUCUUGACUAUAAUCAGAAGAAAAUGAUUUCUGAUUCUUCAAUGACUUCUAUUAUUAGGAGGGAUAAUAAUGAAUUCUCUGAAAGAAGCUCUAUGGAUAAACUUGGUGUUACACUAGAAACUAAUUCUAAAUAAAUCGGUGCCAAAUUUUAUAAACAAUGAAAAGAACCUUCAUUCUCAAAGAAUGAGCUUGGCAACCCCAAAUUUGCUAUCCCUCAAGCGAGGAAAAUCGACUUCUAUUGUUGAAAAUAAUCAAUUGAAUAAAAUUUUGGACAAGAAUCAAAACCUGAAAUCUCAAUUUUCAAACAAAGGAAUCUCUCAGUACAAAAUAAAUACAUUCUUAGUAGAGAAAUCAAAGAGCUCUGCAUCUAAUAGAAGGAUGAAUAUGAAAACUCCGAAGCCAGAAUUCAAACCAAACGAGGGCAACCUCCAGAACGUAUUUGUAUUCGAUAAAAACAUGAUUAAGAGCAGGAGGUCUGAGUCGGUUAGGGAGAUACAUUCAAAAAUCCCGAGGUUCACACAUUCCAAGAAAAUUAACAGAAACCACAUUAAAAAGUUAUAAAUUUAUUUAGCAAUAAUUUAGGC